CAGACACCAUAUUAAUAAGUUCAUAAUUCAUGUAUUUCCAUCACAAACAUCAUUUGUUCACUAAUUCAAUUCAAAGCUUCACACACACCAAAGUCAUGGUGUCGUUAUAAUCACUCUGCCCGUUUUACAUUUUAUUGUCCACUUGAAGGCGCAGUAGAGCAAAUGAAGCAUCAUGAAGCUUCGGUCCAUGAGUGAACCAAUUGGAUGGAAAGCUUCAAUGCUUCUGGAAGCUUCAUCUUGCCAUCACUAAUAAUAAUCCUUUACUGAGUUUCCAGCAGGAACAGAACAUACAGGAACAGAGAAACAAACUACUAAACACUGCAGAACUUGGUCGGAAAACGAGACAAUCUGGCAGAGGACAAGUGCAAGUGAGGGCACCUAAAUAGGGAGUGACUAUGAGGGGAUGGGCUGCAGUGGCACGAUGGAUGCAGCAGAGUUUCGGCGCAGAGGGAGGGAGAUGGUGGACUAUGUGGCCGACUACCUGGAGAACAUCGAGGAGCGUCCGGUCAGCUCAGACGUGGAACCGGGGUAUCUUCGUUCCUUGAUCCCCACUGAGGCCCCACUGGAGCCUGAUAAUUAUGAUGACAUUAUCAAAGAUGUGGAGAGGGUCAUAAUGCCAGGGAUCACCCACUGGAACAGUCCAUACUUUUAUGCCUACUUUCCAGCUUCUACCUCUUACCCUGCCAUGUUGGCUGACAUGCUAUGUGGAGGCCUUGGCUGUAUUGGAUUCACCUGGGCUGCCAGCCCAGCCUGUACAGAGUUGGAGACAGUGAUGUUAGAUUGGCUGGGGAAGAUGCUAAAGCUGCCAGACUACUUUAUAACCGGGACUCAUGGCCGCGGAGGUGGUGUCAUCCAGGGAUCAGCCAGUGAGGCAACCCUGAUGGCCUUGCUCGCUGCCCGCUGUAAAACACUCAGAAGGAUUCGAGCCGCCAACUCCGAAUUAUCAGAAGGUGAAAUCCGAUCCAAACUGGUGGCGUACACCUCUGAGCAAGCUCAUUCCUCAGUGGAGCGUGCUUCUCUGAUUGGAGACGUGACCAUUAGGAUGGUUCCCACAGAUAGCACCUAUGCUGUCAGAGGAAGCAUGCUUAAGAAGAUGCUGGAGGAGGACAAAGCAGCUGGACUCAUCCCUUUCUACUUCUGUGCGACCCUUGGUACCACGGCAUCCUGUGCUUUUGACAAUAUUACCGAACUGGGGCCAAUCUGUAAUAAGGAAAAUGUGUGGAUGCACAUUGAUGCAGCAUAUGCAGGGAGUGCAUUCAUCUGUCCUGAAUUUCGGCCUUUGUUGAAUGGCAUUGAGUUUGCAGACUCUUUCAACUUCAGCCCACACAAAUGGCUUUUAGUCAACUUUGACUGCUCUACAAUGUGGGUGAAGAAGAGAGAGGACAUCAUUGGAGCCUUCAAUGUGGACCCACUCUACCUGAAACACGAAAACCAGGAGUCAGGGAUUAUCACAGAUUAUAGGCAUUGGCAGAUUCCACUCGGAAGAAGAUUUCGCUCACUAAAGAUGUGGUUUGUCUUCCGUUCCUAUGGAAUCCAAGGCCUGCAGGCUUAUAUACGCAAGCAAGUGGCCCUGGCCAAAGAAUUUGAGAGUCUCGUGCGAGCGGACAAGAGGUUUGAGAUCUGUGCCGAGGUCGUCAUGGGACUGGUUUGCUUCAGACUCAAGGGCUCCAAUGAUUUGAACCAGCUCCUGCUAAAAAGGAUCACCAAUAGCAGAGAGAUCCACCUGGUGCCUUGCCAGCUCUCCGGCAUCUUUGUCCUGCGCUUCGCUAUCUGCGCACCCAGCACCGACUCGAGACACAUCCAACAUGCAUGGAGGCACAUCACGCAGCUGUCCUGUGAGCUGUUGCAAGAGAAUCAUUGACCAAAAGGCUGGAAAGGGGCUGUCCACCCUAAUGCAAAAAGUAGGACCGAUGUGAGGACACCAACUCAGAGUUCCAUGUUGUAAAUGUCAAAUGUCAUAAAGGGAAUGAACAAGCAGCAGCAAGGUAUCUUUCUGUCCGCAGCCAUGUUAUAGUAAACAGUGGUCAUUAUCUUGUUGGGUCAAUGCGUGUGAAAAUAUCUUGUUACAAAACGUAUAUGAAAAGAAAAGAAUGCAGGUUCCGGAUAUUAGCUUUUUUUUCGAUCUGCAACUUCUCCCUUCCUUGACUUUGCUUUUUUCGCUAACUUUUUAAUGAUUAUGUAAUGCAAUCAUCCCGCUGCGGACCUAUCAUUUCUGUCUACGCCACUUCUGUGUUUUCUACGGGGGAAAAAAAACAUGAGUUGGUUUGGGGUGAAUUUAUCGCACAUUGUAUGUGUGAAUGAAUUUGUGGGUAUUGUUCUCUGGGUGGAAAAACAAAACAUGGGUUGGUUUUGGGUGAAUUUAGUGCACAUUGUGUGUCUGUGAAUGAAUUGAUGGGUGUUGUUCUCUGGGUGGGUGUGCAACAGGGCUUCAUAGAUUCUAAAGUUCGAGAAUCCAAACAUUGCUCCUAGGAAUAAGGCAAACCAAUUGUGCAUUAAUUUAUUAUUAAUAUAGAGGUCAUGAGGUGAAUUAGUGGUGGUUAAUAUAUAAUGGCAGGCAUAUGUUUGGAUAAAUAAUUCCUAUAACUUCAUAUAGUGUUUUAAGCACAGAGGUCCAGUAUUUCCCAAAACUGUACAAGACAAUCGCUCUUUAUCCGUAAAUCCAUUGCAUGAGCAUGAAAUGGUGCUACUUGGGGGUCUACAGUGUGUUUAUCUAUUAAGCUUAUUCCCAAUCAGUUAUACAUGGAAUUUAUUAGCGACACAGUCUUAACAUAAUCACCCUAUAGUGUAUAAUUAUGUUUCUGUGUUCAGAGAUGAAUUGAUUAUCAAAUAGAGUUUAAAAUCUAAGUGGUGCAUAUAUUUUAUAUCGCCUGACUGCACAUAAGAUCAUUCCAGGACAACAUUGUGUGUACCAGGAAUCUAGGAUCCUUCACAUCAUCUACGACUUGUUGACUUCGUAGCCUCAACUUUCCUGCUAGUUGUCCACAUCCACAAUAAAUACAUAUAUAUAUAUAUACA